AUGCCCGACUGGGCUGACGUGGCGGCCGUCGAGAUCACCGAGACCACUGACUGCCACGCGGGCGCGGGCGCGGAGGAGGGGGAUUCGCAUGGGGACGAGGGAGGUGGGGGAGGGGGAGAGCGGGCAGCAGGAGGGGAUAGCAUCGCGGGCGGCGCCAGUGGCACGUUGUCGUGUCCGAUUUGCCUGGAGAGCCCUCCGCUCUGCCCUCAGAUCACAGCGUGCGGCCACGUGUUCUGCCACCCCUGCAUCCUGCGCCACUUCGCCACGCCUGACGCGCGCCACCCCGACGCGCCUCCCCUGCGCCCCGCCACCGCCGCCAGUGCUGCCGCCGCCGCUGCAGUGGCGCGCGCCGUGGCUGCAGGGGGCAGUCCGCAGAGGGCCUUCCGUGCGCUCUCUGGCGCCGCUGCUCUCGCCAGCAACGCAGCAGCAGCGGUGGGGGGAGGGGCGGGUUUGGGUGGCCGAGGCGCAGGGAGAGGAGGCGCAGGGCCAGCGGGGAGGGGGGCUGGGCGAGGUGGCAGCGGGAGAGGUGCAGCUGCUGCUGCGGCGGCGCCGGUGGUGCUGCCGACGGCAGGGCUGGCGUCGUCAGUGGUGCAGCGGUUCAAGCGGUGCCCGCUGUGCUUCGCGAGCAUUGGGUCGCAUGAGCUGCGCACCGUCACCAUUCGCUCCGUGCCCGCUCCCCGCGUCGGCCACAUGCUGCGCUUCGUUGCUCUCAUGCGCUCCAAGUCCUGCGUGGUGCCGUUUGAGAUGCACCGGCACCACCGAGAGCACUUCUCCCUGGCGGCGCUGCCCUUCUCAUCCACCGGCCGCUGCCACGCCUUCUCCAAGCUCACGCUCACCUCCGACUCGGCCGCCGCUGCUGUCACGGACGCGGCCGUGCGAGCGCUGCUGCAGCGCGUGGAGGAGGUCAAUGAGAGCGGUGGGGAGGAGCUGGAGCAGCUGCCCUAUGUCAUGGACGCCGUGAAUCAGCUGCUGGACCGGCAGCAGGUGAGAGGGAGGGGGUGUUCUAUGGGAAGGGGGAGAUUGGGUGGUGUGGCCUGCAGAUCAGGAAAGGAUACUGAAGUUGCUCGAUUGUUGACGCACAAUUCGCCCUUUUUGUCUCUCGUACUUUCCCAUGCGACUUCCCUCUUUCUCCCACCCUCGCUCUCCCCUUCCCCACCGCGUGCACAGGCGUGGGUGGAGCACAGGCAGAUGGCGUUUGUGGCAGCCAGCCCAUCGCACCAGAAGGGCCUGCUCUCGCUGCUCAAGCUCCCCAUCGACCUCCCCCCGCCGCCCCUCUCGCCCUCCGCCUCCCCCGCCGCCUCUCUCUCCGCCACCUCCCCCGCCUCCCACUGCAUCACCUCCCCACGCGCACGCUCCUCCCCCUCGUUCCCCUCUCCCCCCACCAGCAGUGCCACUGGUGUGGGAAAGCGCAUGGCUGGAUUGCAGUUGGAGCAGGAAGGGGGUGUAGGGGGGGAGAAGGGCGGGGCGAGCAAGGGGCGUGAGGGAGCCGCAGAGCUAGAGGUUGCGGGUGGGGAGGAAGGGGAUGGAGUGGGAGAUGCAGAGGCGGAAGAGGAGAAGGCGUGUAUAGAGGAGGCGGAGGAGGAGGGGAGUGUGGGAGGUGAAGGCGAGGAUGUGGCAGCAGAGGUGGAGAGGAAAAUGCAUGAGCUGGAGGCGAGUGCCGGGUGGGUGUAUGAGAGUGCCUUCUCUGAUGAUGAGGGGGAAGACGAACGAGGGGAGAAGGGUGGCGCUGGAAAGAGGGUCGCUGCUGUCUCGUCUGCUGAAGCUUCUGCAGCAGUGGCUGCUGCGGAUGCUGCUGGUGAUAGUGCGGGAGCAGCAGAGAAGAGCCAGGGAGGGGUUUCGGGAGGGGAGCAGCGCGAGAGCAGGAUGGGAGAAGGCACGGAAGGAGGUAGCGAUGCUGGUGGGGGGUCAGCUAUGGCUGAGAAGGGCGGGAGAGCAGAGAGGCAUGAAGGGGACGCUGGGCGGGGUGAAGGCAAGAGUGGGGCGGGACGAGGUGGGAAGGGCAAGGGGGGGGAGCGCGUGGGCGAGGGCGAGGAGGUGUGUGGGUGGCACGUGUUCUACCAGGCACAGGAUGGCCCGUGUGUGGUGCUGCACCCACUCAAUUUCAAGUGCCUGUUGCAACACUAUGGCUCUGUUGAACGCCUCCCCCUCAGGUACGGCUCCGCUCCUCCACUCCUCCGUUCGUUGGUAUUCUCCUCCUCUCCCUCAAUCUGCUCCGUCCAUCCUUUUGUCUUCGAGCUAGUCUUGCUCCCUCGUGCUACACCCCAUCCCUCCCGCACCCUUUCUCUCCUCGCGCAGGCUCUGCGUCUCACCGGCCUCUCCCACUCUUCACACGGGUGCCUCUCCAAGCUCAUCUCCAAACUCAAGUUGCCACUCGUGACAUUCAGUGCCGCCCCUCGUGAACCCUCCCUGUCGCCCUGCGCUGCGCCCCACAGCGUCACAGCACGGGUGGAGGAGAGGGACCGAGUGAAGGCACAACACAGGGAGGCAGUGGCAGUGGCGGCAGCAGCAGAGGAUGGGAGGUUCUUUGAGCGCCAGCGCGUACCAGCACCCAUGGACUUCGUCCCCCUCGCACAAGCUGUCGCUGCAGCAGGUUCCGCAAGUGCUACUGCUGCUGCAGAAGAUUCCGACACUGGUGGUGGGGAUGUAGCAGCAGGCAGUGCGGAAGGUGAAGGGGCGUCUGGGAGUGCAAGCCAUGCGCGCCCCAUGGCCUUUUCAAAGGUCACAGAGCUGGGCUAUGCUGCUGGGCUGGGCUCUGUGGCACUCUCCGGCCCCUCCCCCUCUGCUACAACUGCUCCAGCUCCCCCCUCUGGCCCUUCACCUGUUUCCACUACUGCCACGCCUGCCCAAUCAGUGUGGGCUAGUCGUCCGGACUUCUCCAGAGCAGGCUCUGCUGGUGCUGGUAGUGGUGCAUGGGGUUCUGGGGGGGCGGCUUCUGCCAGGGGUGUGGGGAGUGGGGGAGAGGGGGCUCAGGUGCCUGGUGAUGAUGGGAGCGCUUCUUCAGGUGGGGGGAAGGGGAAAGGAAAGAAGGGCAAGAAGAAGGGCACUACUAUUUUGCUUUCUAGUGGAGGCCUGCCGCGCUACUGA